CCCGUCCAGCCUACCCCAUUCGCUGCCUCCCUCGCGCCUGCUCCGUAAAAACUGUACGUUUCACCAUGUCGGCCCUGCCGGGGGUUGCUCUGGUCCAGCUGACGACGCCGGGGAGUCGACGCGCCUUCAGUUGUUCGCACGGUAUGGCGGAACGGACGCUCGAGGGCGCACUCGGUCUCACGAGGUCUCACCAGUCUCACUCCAGAUCCUGACUUCAAUUCAAUGCCCAACCGCGGCACCCGAUCUGAAUGCUAGCACAGGCCGUUGGCCAUCCAGCCUUCCUUUUCCAAGCUGCAUCUCCACAUUCUGCGCAUCUGAAUGCUCUAUCGCCUCAUCCACCAUGGUAGCAGUUGGGCGCACGCCCGCGCUCGUCGCCGGCUUGCUCUCGCUCACGGCCAUCUCCCUCCUCUUACUUACGCACUAUGAGAGCGUCCCCAGCGUCGUCCUCAAUCCCUUCUUCGCGCCUGAUUCCUUCCAUGUCUCAGGCGACCGCGAGUGUGUCGCCGAUAUCGCGCCGCUGCGCGACACCUUCGCCAGCAACUGGGGCGUGCCGCUGCGCACGUCGCUUGUGCGCGCCGGCACGGGCGCCCGCGUCCGCCGCGCCAUGGAGCGCCUGCGCAAAGAGCGGCGGAUUACAAUCGGCGUCCUCGGUGGAUCGAUCACCUUCGGGCACGGCUUGCAUAAUGAGGACAAGCGGUACGCGCAGCUCGUGCAGGAAGGGCUGGCAGCGGCCUUCCCCGACGCCGAGAUCGUCGUCCAGAACGGCGCGGUACCGGCCACCGGCACAGACUACUUCGCCGCGUGCUACAAGCAUCACGUUCCAGCCGACGCGGAUCUCUUCAUCCUCGAGGGCGCCGUCAACGAUCUCAUGGUGCAGGCGAAUACGGACGCGUCUGUGCACCAGGAUGUGAUCACGGACACAGAAACGCUCGUGCGCGAGCUUCUCAAGGGCGGCGCGGCCGUCAUGAUGCUCUCGACGUGGGGCAUGACGAACGGGUACAUGAACGGCGCGGACCAGCACUCGACCGUGGCCGAGUACUAUGACGUGCCCCGUAUCUCGACGCGCGCCGCGCUGUAUCAGUACAUCCAGGCGCACCCCGAUGCGGCCGAGGAAAUCUUCGUGCACGGCGACUUGGGGCACUACAACGCCCAUGGGCAUCGCUUCAUGGCGGAGGCCAUCCUUGACCACCUCCUCGAGCAGGCGUGCAAGCCGUCGUACACGCCGCCAUACGCUGCCCUGCACGGCGCUGAGCUUUCGGCGCAACUCGACCCGUUCGCGCUGCCGCCUCUCCGCAUCCGUCAGCGGCUAGGUGACCCGCCUCUCGCGGACCCCGACGCAUUCUGCAAGUCAAGCAAUGUACAGCUGCCCGACGGGACUUGGCAGCUGGAGGGCGAGACAGUGGAGGGUCACCCGCCAUUUGAGAAGAUCGUGUGGCACGACAAGCACUACUGGGCGGCUGAGGAGAUUGGCGCACGGGUAAUCUUCCCAGAUGUCGAGGUCAGCGGCGGAUUUCUUGGCCUUUACUACCUCCGCAGCGGUAGCAUGGGCCUCGGCAACCUCCGGUGUUGGGCGGAUGGGAAUGAGGGCGCUGCGAAGCUCCUCAUCGGGCACUGGGGCUAUGUGAGCGUCGGGAGCGUGGGCGCCGUCGCGACGGGCCUCGCACCGGGUAAGCACACCCUCACGUGCGAGGUAGACAAGACGACCCACGCCCAGCCCGGCGACCAUGUCGAGGGGAGCAUGCACAAGACGCGCAUCAUUGCAGUGAUUGCGUCGUAGGCGGCGCGGUCGGGGGUGCAUUGGGAACUUUGGUGUAUAGGGAUGUAUGUUGUGUCCAAGAUA